UUCAAAACCCCAACUCAGAAUAAUAGAAAGGUAAGGGGGCACAGGAAGGUGGAGGAAGCCGGCUCGCAUGAGAGGUAUACUAUUUUCCAGCCCGAUUUAAACCCGCUAUAGAGGAGGCGUGGCCCUGGAAGGGCGGAGCAGCCCUGGUGGGCGGGAUGGGGCGGGGGCGGGGCUCCGAGAGACUAAGCUGGAUACAGGAAAGAGCGGAGCUCCGGGAGCCACGUCUGUCUCUUUAAAUGCCACGGGCUGCACUCCCGCCCGGGAGCCCCGAGCCGGAUCUACAAUCCCGUCACCCGCUCCGGCGCUUGUUGCUCGCCUAGCCUGAGCCGGAGCUGCGGCCCCUGGGAAGCCCAGCUAGCUCCUUCUGCUUUUCUCCUCGUGCCCCACCUUCCCGGAAAUCUGCCUGAGGGGUCGUGCAGCAACGAGCGUGAACAGGCACUACCCCCCAAAAUCUUCAAGUCUUGGGGCUCUACACAGCCGCGGGGGGCGGCGGGGGAGAAAUGCGUCCCUCCCCGAAGCCCAGCUUCGCCGUGGUCUGCGCUGGAAGAGGAGGCACUGCGGAGCCCACACCUGCGAACUCGCCCUAGAAGUCUCGGGUGCGGCAGGUUGCCCCUCCCGGUCCCCUAGGGUUUCUACCUCUCGGGGAGAGAGUCGGCGCAGGUGGCUUUAGCCCCUGCCCGGGGACCAGUGCCAAUGACUCUGAUGGUGGUUUCGCUUUCUCCUCUUGAAGUCCUGUGAACGAGCGUCCAUAGCGUAAUGGGCAACCAGGUGGAGAAACUGACCCACCUAAGUUACAAGGAAGUUCCCACGGCCGACCCAACCGGCGUGGAUCGAGACGACGGGCCCCGCAUCGGAGUCUCUUAUAUUUUCUCCAACGACGACGAGGAUGUGGAACCUCAGCCACCGCCCCAGGGGCUUGAUGGCGGAGCUUUGUCCGACUCGGGGGACCGGCCUCCCCUACCCCCACCACAGCCCUACGAUCCGCGGCAGCACGAGGUGGAAUGCUCGGUGUUUUAUCGUGAUGAGUGCAUCUAUCAGAAAAGCUUCGCGCCGGGAUCGGCGGCGCUGAGCACCUACACCCCGGAGAACUUGCUCAACAAGUGCAGUCCGGGUGACCUGGUGGAGUUUGUAUCGCAGGCGCAAUACCCGCACUGGGCUGUCUACGUGGGCAAUUUCCAGGUGGUGCAUUUGCACCGGCUGGAGGUGAGCAACAGCUUCCUGACCGAUGCGAGCCAGGGCCGGCGCGGCCGCGUGGUCAACGAUCUGUAUCGCUACAAGCCCCUGAGCCCCAGCGCUGUAGUGCGCAACGCACUGGCCCACGUGGGCGCCAAGGAGCGCGAGCUUAGCUGGCGCAACUCCGAGAGCUUUGCCGCCUGGUGCCGCUAUGGCAAACGCGAGUUCAAGAUCGGUGGCGAGCUGCGCAUCGGCAAGCAGCCCUACCGUUUGCAGAUCCAGCUCUCGGCUCAGCGCAGCCACACUCUCGAGUUCCAGAGCCUGGAGGACUUGAUCAUGGAGAAGCGGCGCAACGACCAGAUCGGACGCGCGGCGGUGCUGCAGGAGCUCGCCACGCACCUGCACCCGGCUGAGCCGGACGAGGGCGACAGCGACGCGGCUCGGACUACACCGUCUCCCCUGCGUCCCCCAGCAUCGGGCUCCGAGGAGGAGAAUGGAGACUCGGCGGUGCACUGAUACUUGACCGGGGCUCAGAGCUACAAAAGAAAGCUAUUUGCUGCGGCCACGCCCCCUUUCUCCCUUCCCCCCACCCCCUACACUUGGGCCCCAUUUAGUAUUCCUGGGCCUUUUGGAAAAAGCAGAGUUGGUGAAAAGCACUGCCAUCUUUGGACGGGGGAGGAGGAAGGGGACUUAGAGAGCAGGUAGGAUUGGCUGGUGGGUGGCCAUGGGGUGCUUUUUCUUCAGGCCCCCUCAGUCCACCUUCCUUUCUGAGGUGGGGUAAAGAGUGAACUUGCUUGCGGCUUCAACCCUUACAGAUCUGGGACCAAAUUCAACCCUUCGUAUAAAAGCAGGCUUGGGGGAAAUCUCAGAGCACAUUUGCCCUGCAUUCGGCCUCUCUGGAUCCCUCCCUCCCCUCAGCUUGGAGGGUGCAGAGUACAAAGGCCAGAGAGGAUUGGGGAGGAGCCGCUUCGGGUCGGCUAGGAGAACUGCUUAUCUGCUUCCCCCACUGAGCUGUGCUUGGGAUCCUAGAAGCUGGAGUGAUUUAUUUUAUGGGAUUCCCAGGGCACAGGGCUGCGGAAACUACAGGAUCUGGGAGCAGCAGACCGAGACCAAACAGCCCUGUAUUAAGUGCAGCAAAUACUUUUAGCAAACUCAGGCUACAGGCUACAAACGGAUUUCACUACCUCCCCCUCCCUCUCCCCAAGUACCUCCUCUUGGGAAGCUGGCUCUAAGCGGAGUCUUUGGCUCCUGACUCCUUCCCCAGUUACAAGUAAAUCAUUGUCAAGGGCCAGCCAGGGAGAGGAUUCAAUUAAGGUGCCAUUCUGCCUCCUGUGUUUUUGGCCUGCUGUUGUGGACGCUUAGAGCUAUGGUGGUGUUAUCAAGGGAGGCAAUAGCCCUUUGUGUCUCUGAUCUAAUUAAACCUGCUUGGCCGUGUUCAUCUGCAGGUCACAGAUGGGGUUGGCUUGUGCCACCCCAUAAAGUAUCCUCUAGGGAAUCAACCAGUGCUACCCAGGCAGGAAUUAAAUCUCUCCUUGUCCCCUUGCUGAGUGGUGAAAGUAACCCUUUAAAAACCAAGCUGGAUCUAGGGUUCAGUUUGCUUUUUGUUCUUCUCUCCCUGGUCCCCCUUCCUCACCAGACAGUUGCUGUUGGUAGAGUUAGGAUUAUUCUGCCAUCCAUGAUGUAUGAAGUUUAAUUCAAGGCACAAAGUCUUGUUAUAUGUACCCCAUUUCUUUGUGGCUUGGAGAACUUCCUAUUCAGAGUCCUUUCUUAAGAGUGGUGGCAUCAGACACAGAACAGAUUUGAUAACAGCCCCAAACAUUAGGUUGGUGGUGGUGGCAUGUGAACAGGUAGCAAUUGCCACUGAACUUCCAUGCACUUUUGGUACGAGGCUUUAAGACUCCUAUAGCCUGUUACCUGAACUGCCGGCCGACCUUUGACAGCUGAGUGCUUAUGGGCAGACUGUCAACUUCUCAAAAGUUGAGCAGAGUUAAAGGCCGUUGCUGCUUCCACCAGUCUUUAUAACACUGGAACUAGUUCUUAGUCAUUGGAACAAAAUCUUACUUGAGUGUCCUGAAGCCAUGGUCAUUGUUGGGCUUCUUGCUUGGGGAUCUGUAAAUCACACUUUUUUUUUUUAAAGCAUAGCUCUUCAUAGUACCUCAGCAUGAAACCUUUCCCUUAAUCGUAAAGGCACCAAAUGCUCUUCCAGCUUCCACAGUGCUUACAAAGCAAGUCCUUGUUCUUCGAUGAGUUACAUACACGCUAGCCUUGGUUUGGGACAUUGGAGGAGAACCGUUUUCUAGUUGGGAAUAUGGAUCUGGUUUCCAUGUUUAACGAGCUUGUAGGUAUUUGAUUAUAUGAUCUUGUCCAUGGGACAGCAGAGAAAUAUAAACACAGAGGAUAUUAUUGAGGGAAACCUAUGUCUAACAGAUUUGUGUUAGUGAAAGUGGAAAUUGAUGCCCACUGGGUAGACUCCAGGAGGGGAGGAAUCGGAAUGGCUGUCUAGAACACUCUCCCUGCUCUCCCUUGCCCUCUUCCUCAGACCUCAAAAAUCAUCCUGAGUGGAGCAGGUGACUUGCGUUGUAUGUGAAGUGCCCGAGAAGGAAGAAGGCCUAAGAUCCAUCCCACCUGUAGCAUCCUUCCUCUUUGAACGUUGAUCUGUUUCAGAUGAUGGUUUCUGGAAUGUGCUGCCAGCAAUAUUUCUGGGUACCAAUAAUGCCAAAUGUGUAAUCCUUAGGAAGAGCUAACAUACUGAGAGUUUUCUUGGGUGGGGCAGGAAGUCUAAGGCAGUGGUCCUCAACCUGCGGGUCCUGAUCCUUUUGGAUGUCUCAUGUCAGGUAUUUAAGUUAUGAUUCGUAACAGUAGCAAAAUUAGAGUUAUAAAGAAACAACAAAAUAACUCUAUGUUUGAGGGUCACUACAACAUGAGAAACUAACCAUAUUUAAGGGUCACAGGAUUAGGCUGAGAACCACUGCUCUAAAGUAAAGUACAUAAAUUUAGGGCUCUAAGAUAGUGUCAUGUCAUCUCUUGGUUUUUAAGACUGCAGUGUUGUAGGGAAAACAUUUUUUACUUCAACGUCCUGGCAAUGGCUACAUCUGGCACUUUAGGGGAAAAAAAAGUAUAAUAAUAAUUUUUGUUUCUCUUUAGGAAUAAGACAUAGAACUAUUUUGUACUGUGAAUUAUGGACACUCUUUGAAGGAAAGAAAUAUUAAUUCCAGUGUUUUUCUGAAGCUCUGGAAGGGAUAAGCAAGACCCCGUGGAACAUGUACAAAAAGAAACCAGACAAAUUCUAUUUUCUUACCCGAGCAAAUAUUUUAUUGAGACUGCUUAUGUAUGUCAAAAGAGCCUACAACUUCAGCUAUACAACUUUUUGUAUUGAAAGAACUCGUACUUUUGUAGCUUUUAUUCCACAUUUAAUUUAAAAUGACUUUGUAACACUAAAGUGUCUAGCAGAAGACUUUAUUCCAGAUCUUGAAGAAAAUUUUUAGUUUUUAUGAAAAUGGUUCAGUGGUUCAGCUUCCCAAAGCUGCGGUGCUCCUGGCCCUCCUGGCACCAUGGGACAAGGACAACCACAUGACAACAUAUUUUUUUGGAAGCAAAACUUUAAUUUUAUAUGACAUAUACUAUGGAAAGCUAAGAAAAAUCUAAGGACUACUAGUUUUCUUUUUCUUUCUUUUUUUCUUAAAAUGGGAUCCACUGUGUUGAAGACUCUUGCUAUCAUGUGCUUGUCUAGACAUUUUUUUUAAAAAACAAUUAAAAUAGAAUUGAGCGUGAUCAUAGUCAUCCAAUGGAUUUGUUUGGAAAAUUAGAUUUCAUUUGUGAAUUGUUUAAAAAUCAGGAUACUGAUGAAUUUGACUGUUUAUUCCUCUUCUCAUUAUGUUUUUUUCUUGGUUAUGAAUCAGGAUACAUACUCCACAGGCAUUUUCUUUCCCAGCAAAUUGUAGGAACUUUAAUUUGAUUGGUGGUUGUAUGUUAAAUCAGUUUUCUUUUACCACUUCUUGAGAAGGCGGUUCCAGUUCGAAAUUGUAUCAUUUCCUUCAAAAUGAAGGGCCGUACUUAGUUAAAUAAAAGAUCGAUGACAUCUUUUAAGCCAUUUCCUCUUCACUCUGUCUUAUUAAAAUGAAAGCUGUCAAGUCCUUUUAAAAAAUGUUAUGAGGGUUCCAAAUAAACCAUCUAUUAUUAGA